GGGCCUGCGCGCGGGAGGACGCGCGUGGGGCGGCGCGCAGGGGCUGCACGCGGGCGGAUAGGAUGCGCGUAGGAAGCUGAGCACGUGGCGCUGCGCACUUCGCGCCCCCCCCCCUCCAGGUUUCGUGGUCGCCUUGACGACCCGGGGCAACGGCGGCGGGGACGAGUCGUUGAGGCUGCGAGCCCCUGCGGACCUCACCCAGCUCGGCCGGGCCCACGCCGGAGGGAGAGCCAGCUCCAUCCGAACAGGGACUAUGAGAAAAUGGUCGGGCCGACGAGGAAUAAGCUCCGAGAAGCGGCUUCACAGCCGCUGCGCUCUCCGCGCUCCCCGCAGUCUAGGCGGCGGCGCCGCGUCACUGGAGCCGGGGAGCCGGAGGUGGAGGAGGAGCCGCAGGAGGAAGUGGAAAAGUCCGAGCAGCCUUUGCCCGUAGGCGGCGGGAACCUGCCCGGGGGCGCCCGACGCUACUCGCCGCGGAGGACCCGAAACUUGAAGGCGCAGAAUUGCAUGCAAAUGGAGAUGGUCACAAAAACCCUUUUUCUCCGCCGCUUCCAAUUCCUCCGCUGUUACCUGGAGCAGCUCCUCGACCAGGUGCACCUACUACGGAGACGUCAGUUCUCAGGCAGGGCAACCAUCUGCGUAGCUGCCUUUUUGGGACUUUUGCACUGGAUACAUUUAGUAACACUUUUUGAAAAUGAUCGUCAUUUUUCUCACCUCUCAUCUUUGGAACGGGAGAUGACUUUUCGCACCGAAAUGGGACUUUAUUAUUCCUACUUCAAGACCAUUAUGGAAGCACCUUCAUUUUUGGAAGGACUGUGGAUGGUUAUGAAUGACAGGCUCACUGAAUAUCCCCUUGUAAUAAAUACAGUGAAACGCUUCCAUCUUUAUCCAGAGGCUACCCGUGUGAUGUGGACACCGCCUCUCCGGGAAAGUUUCUCAUAUCCAUUUCUUGUACUUCAGAUGUUCAUUUUAACUAUGAUUCUCAGGACCUCGAACAGCAGUAGAACGCAUUUUGCUGCACUUUGUCUUUCCAAUGUCGCUUUUAUGCUUCCCUGGCAGUUUGCUCAGUUUAUACUUUUUACACAGAUAGCUUCAUUAUUUCCCAUGUUUGUUGUGGGGUACAUUGAGCCAAAGAAGUUUCAGAAGAUCAUUUAUAUGAACAUGAUGUCAGUUCUCCUUUGUUUUGUGUUGAUGUUUGGAAACCCAAUGUAUUUAUCUUCUUACUAUUCUUCAUCUUUGUUAAUGACAUGGGUGAUCAUUCUAAAGAGAAAUAAAAUUCAAAGAUUGGGAGUUUCCGAACUCAACUUUUGGCUCAUUCAAGGUUGUGGUUGGUUUUGUGGAACAAUCAUUUUGAAAUUUCUGACAUCUAAAAUCUUAGGCGUUUCAGACCAUAUUCGUCUGAGUGACCUUAUAGCAGCCAGAAUCUUAAGGUUUACAGAUUUUGAUACCUUAAUUUACACCUGUGCUCCUGAAUUUGACUUCAUGGAAAAAGCGACUCCCAUGAGAUACACAAAGACGUUACUACUUCCAGUUGUUAUGGUGAUUACUUAUUUUAUCUUUAAAAAGACUUUCCGUGAUACUUUAUGUGUGUUAUCGGCAAACACGUAUCUAAGAAAACAGCUCCUUGAACAUGGUGAGCUAAUUUUUCACACCCUGCAGUUGUUAGCAUUUGCUGCUCUUGCCAUUUUAAUUAUGAGGCUGAAGCUGUUUUUGACACCUCACAUGUGUGUGAUGGCCUCCCUGAUAUGCUCUCGACGGCUCUUUGGAUGGCUUUUUUGCAGAGUUCGUUUUGAGAAUGUUAUCUUCGGCAUUCUAACAGUAAUGUCGCUGCAAGGUUCUGUGAACCUCCAUAAUCAAUGGAGCAUAAUAGGAGAAUUUAAUAAUUUGCCUCAGGAAGAGCUGAUAGAGUGGAUCCAGUACAAUACCAGGCCAGAUGCCGUUUUUGCGGGUGCCAUGCCUAUAAUGGCGAGUGUCAAGCUGUCUACUCUGCACCCGAUUGUGAAUCACCCACAUUACGAGGAUGCAGACUUAAGGGCCCGGACAAAAAUAGUUUAUUCCAUAUAUAGUCGAAAAUCUGCAAAAGAAGUAAGAGAUAAAUUAUUGGAGUUACAUGUGAACUAUUACAUUUUAGAAGAGGCAUGGUGUGUUGUGAGAACUAAUGUGCAGUUUCUAACCAGAAGUUAUCAGACCUGCAAAACGAAGGGGCACUGUGACCAAUACUCAGGAAGAAAGCCCGGUUGCAGUAUGCUUGAGAUUUGGGAUGUAGAAGACCCUUCCAACGCAGCCAGCCCUCCCUUGUGUAGCAUCUUGCUCAAGAACGAGAGGCCUUACUUCUCCACAGUGUUUCAGAAUAGUGUGUACAGAGUAUUGAAGGUUAACUGAGGAGAGGCCUCCCCGUCACACUGGGGUGCAAACAGGUGCAUGGACAGCGAUCACUUUGGCUUAUUUACAUUAAUACAGAUCACAGGCUUUAAUGAGGGACCCUUAAACAGAAGACGAUAAAAGGAUUCAGGUUUUCUGAUUACUAAAAGGUAAAUUAUUUCACCCUUUUCCAUUGAAUGUCAGCCUCAUGAAGCUUGUCAUUUAAGUAAUUAAAUCGUUUCAUGCUGCAUAAACAAAGGUUCAUCGUAAAAUUUUGAAGAAAAACGUAUGUAAAAGAGCAGUGAAAUUUGAUAAAUCAAAGAAAGGUAUGUUAGUCCUUUUGUACCCAGCUAGGUGGAUUGCUUCAGAUUUUCUCUAGUACCAGGAUAUACCAGCUCAAACUCCCUAAACCACGUAGACUAGACUAAUGCCGCUUGGGAAAUGACGUUUCCUUCAUAUUCUGAUACAGAUCACAACUUCUUCUGUGUGGAGAUUUGUUGGUAACUCUGUGCUCAUUAGGGUUGCUUUCACUUUCUUGGCCUUCAGGAAAGGUCUUUAAUAGCGUUCAGUAACUUAUCAUUUCAAGUUAAGUAUUUUUAAAAACAGCUUAUUUGUUUUGAACCUCUUGAAUUUACCCAACCAGUAUUUUUUCCAUUGAUUAGUUCUCAGCCUAAAUUCAGCAGGUCAUUAAUCUGGCUUUAAAACCCAGUGGUUUUUCUUUUAAUAUCCAGGUAAAAUAAAAAUGACUGUUGCACAUGACCAAAUGUGGGGGUUAAACAUAAUCAGAAAAGAAAAUCCAGUUAAAUUUACCAAAGGAGAUUUUAAGAUUCUAGAUCUUGAAUGAAACAAAGGCAUUUCAUCUUGAUGGCCCUGGAGUUCAUUGGAGUUCUGGUCACCAUGUUUUGUGAGAACAUAUUUUGAAGUCCUCAAUUAUUUUGGGUUUUGGAUGAGGAAGGUGAUGUUCUGUAAAUUCUCUCCCCUAAUAUAAAAUCUGCCCAACAAUAAUGCUUUGGGAAGUGGUAAAUAGUUAUCUUGAAGAUAUUGUUGCUGAAAGCAAGGAUAACCACUCUCUCUGCUUGAUAGACAUUAAGUAUGUCACAUCUAUAGUAUUUAAUGCACAUCUACUUUAAGUUAACAUCUUGGAGUUUUUAUAAUUCCCUUAUGUUCUUGUUACAUUUGAUGUAGCAAAAUGACUUUAUUCCAUAGAUCAGAUCACUUCUAGUAGGUAGGAGAGUAUAUACAGGAAAACCAGUAAAAUUAUUUUUCAACCAUAAGUUGUAAAAUAUUUUAAUAUGGGAUACAAAGCAGCUAAGAAAGCAUACCACAUUUUACUUAUUUUGGCAUUCUCAGGUAAUUUGUUUAGGUGUGUGAGACAAAGAGGGAAAAGAGACAUAACACCUAACACUCAUAAAAUUAAUGUAACACAUAUUGGAUGGUGUUUUUAUAGGAAACAUGUUUUAAAGAACUUGGCAGAAUUCAACAACAACAACAAAAUGGGACAUAGUGUAUUAACUAAGAAAAUGUUCCAUACAAAUAUAAUGUAUUAAUAUGGAUUUAUGUUAUUUUCAUGUACUAUGUAUGUUUAAAUAUU